ACGGCGCCUCCCGCGCCGCUACGCCCUUUGGCACGCCCGAGGAGGCCGCAAAUAGCCGCGGCCACGCCGAACUCGCCGCCUGGCUGGUCGCCAGCCGCGGCUGGACGCCGCUCGCGCACCUUGAGACCCUCACCGCCGCCCGCGCCACCUCCCUCCUGCGCAGCGGCGCAAGCUUGCACGAGGGCGAGCCGACGAAGCUGCGGCGCGCCGCGGGCGGCGAGGGCGAGGCGGCGGCGCUGGUCCGGCGGGCGGCGGCGCCGUGGUCGCCGGCAAGCCACUCGCUCUUCCCCGCGGCGGCCCGCGCGCGGGCGGCGUUCCUCGUCCGCUCGAUCUACGAGAUCCACGAGCGGUACCACCUCGACUCGGCAGGAGCCACGAACGGCAUCGCGGCGCUCGACUUUGGCCAUUGCGUCUUGGGCUUCGCCAUCGCGCGCGAGACGCAGUAAUAGGGGCUUGCUUUCGCGCGCGGCGCGGCGCUUGGGAUUUGGUCCAUGCGGAUCGGCUAUCAUGACGCCUUCGGUCGGCGGUUUGACUUUGCCGCGCGCGCGGCAACGCAUGCUCUGGAGGGCGCCUGGAUCGA